GCCCAGUUAGUUGGGCUUUAGUAACGGAUGAGUUUAGUUGUGUCGCCAAAGCAGCAGCACCAGCAAAGCGUUUUUUCGUGUCGUUAAGCAACGUUGACCGGACGGAUGACGAAGAGUACCGUUCAAAACGUUAAUAGCAUUUCGUUGUAUUGUUGUUAACUGGUUAGUUUUUUGGUUUUCGGUGUUUGGCUGUGUGUGAACCAAUGCAUGUUUGUUUGAUGUCUGGUGUGGGGGGCCAAAACGCAAAAUAAGAAGUGGAAAAUAAGGUGUAAAUGCCAAAGAAAGAGUUAAUCGAAAAAGAGCGUAACAGAAAAGCUAAGAAAAAUUCUAGAAAAAAAAUUGUGAAUAAAUGUUAUUUGAAAUCUCAAGAAAAUUUGUGUGGAAAAUUGUGAUAAAUCCACCUAUGUGGAGAAGUGCAAUAGGAGGAAGCCAUGUUUGUGGGUAAAGAAAAAUAAGCAACAAGGGAAAAAUUUGAAGUGAGGGGAGCCCAGGAAGUCUUAGUCAUUUGAAAGAAUUCUGGAAAUUUUAAAAAAAUAAUAAAAAUAUUUUAAUAAAGUGUUUGUGGAAAACCAUAAAAAUUUCAAGUUUCCAAAGGUAAAGGCCUUACCCCCUGCCUGUUGUUGUCAACUUCUAUUCGUAAUACCAUCAAAAGCCGCUUGAAGAAUCUACAGGCCACCAAAUACCCAUACAUCAACGAGAAAUACCAACAGAACUUGGCUUAAAAAAAAGGUGGCUUUUGUGGUUGGGCGCCGUUUUCCUGAAGGGGGGGCAAAGUGGUACAUGCUCACUGCUAAAUGUUGCUGAGUUGUAGAAAAUAAGUCUCUCUCUCUCUUUUUGCCUGGCAAGAGAUUCGGCGUGGCGGAUUUACAAAACUCCCUGCAAGCCACAUAAUACCUGCUGUGUGUAAACAACAAAGAAAAAAAGUCAAACUAAAUAAAACAACGUUUUAAACCGGGUUCUCUGUUCUAAGUUCCCCCAACCUACCAGUGAGAGUGAGAGUUGAUUUUACGCUCCACUCACAGUUCUCCGUACUAAAAGCUUGACGUUGAAACGAAACGGAAAUGAAACACCACAAAUGAAUUAAAUUGGAGCUGCAGCAACAGGUCGGUCGGCCAUCAAUACUGAGACAAUAUUACCACUACCAAAGCAAAACCAACAACAACAAUAAAAAAAUAUUUAAUUUGAAUAAAAUAUCGAAAACAACAACAAAUAACAAAGAAAUAAACAAUGUGUUAACAUUGCUAUGGAGUAGACGUCAUCUUUCUCUCUCUCCCGCUUUUUAUUUUAUGUUCUGCAGCAAAGCUUGGUUUUUGUGGAAUACGAAAAUAAACAACAAAACGAACAACAAUUCUAUUCAAGAAACAACAAAACUUCAAAAUAAAAUUCAGCCCAAUUUGAUCUCUCUCCAAUAUCAAAAAACCCAGACUGUGGAUUCUCAACAUUCAGUGAAGUAAAAAUUCCUCUUCUGUGUCUGGCCCCGGGUCGACUAUGGUGAUCACCGAAACAUGGCCAAAUCGAAAAUUGCUCUCUAUGCUGCCGGUGUAACUUGUGUGGGUUUCAUUUGCUUUGCCUUGGCCUCGGCCGCCAUUGGUAUACCCAUUUGGGGUUAUUACGAUUCACCCUCCGGUGGCUAUGAUUUUGAUCAUGGCUAUUUUGGACCGUUUAAGGUCUGCAAACAAUUGGCCUACAAUCGGGAGAAGUGUGGCAAUGAUGUAUCGAAAUUUAGACUGUCAUCGGCCAUUUUCAUAAGCGGCAUCAUGGCCAUAUUGAGUUCCAGCGCUUUGGGCCUCUUCUGUGUGUUGUCUGUUAUACAGAUUGCCAUGAUAUCGUCGCGUGAAAAGGUUGUUAUGUCAUAUACCUCGCUGGUAAUGACAAAGUUAAUAUUGGCUUUAACGGCUGGUAUACUGGCAUUGGUAGCCACUGUUAUGUUUGCUGUACAAAUCGAUGAGUCGGAGAAGUAUGGUUUCCGUGUUUCCAGAGGGAUAUCAUUUUAUUUACAGAUUGUUGUUAUUGUCUUAAGCAUAGGCCUGUUUGUAUUGGCCCUAUACGAUGUCUUAUAUUCUAAACGUCCCGGUGGUGAUCCAACAAUGAUGAUUGAUGCCGCCUCACCCUCAUCGGCGACAACGAUAAAUAAUCCAGGCUUUAAGGAGCCCAAAACUAAGAACGGAAUUUCCGUUACCGAUGCCUCGGGCAAACCGUAUGCUGGCAUACGUAAUGGUUCCGGCAGUGUGGCCUCAAUGAGCACCAUGGUCACCAGUGUGUCGAAUGGCUCCACAGUGGAGUCGGUGACCAGAUCUCCCCUGCGUUCAAGUCUCAAAAAGCCGCGGCCACGACCCGAUCCCACAUUGGGUAUACAGAAUCCAGGCUAUUCGGGUUCAGGUAAUUCGCCGCCAAUGCGUCGCAAUGGCAGUGUAAAGAAAGUGCGUAUACAGACCCACAGUACGGAGGUUUAGUCGCCACUGGGGGAGGAGGCUUAUUUAUAAUAAAUAAUAAGAAAUUGCGGAUUUAUUUAAUUUUAUCUUUUUUUGUUUCUAAUUUUUUUUUAAAGACUGUGUACAGAGAAGUAUGAUAACAACAAAAAUACUAAGUUUAAACAUUUUUUUGUUAGCUAAAUUUAAGUAAAUAGAAAUAUUGAAAUAAAAAAAACGUGGGUGUUAUGCCCGGGACCCUUAAAUAGUUUACUUUUUUAUAUAAUUUUUUUUUUUUGAAAUAAUAAAAAGAAAAUAUUUACUUAAAUAUAAAUAUUGUUAUUUAUCUAAAAUAAAAAUUAUAAAUAUAUAUUUAAAUAUAUUAAAAUUUAUAUACGUAUGCAUUGUCUUCCAAGAUCGAAAUUUAUCACAACAAGAAAAUAUUCAAAAUUAUGGUAAUUAGAAAUUUAUUAUUGCAAAAUAAAAAUGGAAAAAAAUGAAAUGAAGAAAUGUCAUGUCAUAUUCAGAGCACAAAAUUAAUUAUAAAUUUUAAAUUAUUUUAUUUUAAUUUUUUUUUUUAAAUAAACAUCACGACUUAUUGCUGGAAAAUCCGUCCCAAGAAAAUGGCAAAAGUAUUUAAGAAAAUAAAAAAAUUAAAAAAAUAAGGACAUUUAACUUAGAUGCAUCGGGAGUAAAAUGUGUUUCAAGAUCAAAUUUAAUUUCGAAAUUUAUUACAGAAGUUAAAUCAAUAUUCCUUAAAAAUUUCCCAUGAUUUUUGAUUGGAAAAUACAUUUUUGAAGAUUCACUAUAAGGGCUGGAGAGUCUCACUUCAAGUGUAUAUUUUUCAUUUGUAAAGAUACCUGAAUCUCAAAUCUUGUUCUGUGAAAAUGUGAAAUAAAAAUAAAUAUAAAAAAUAUUUUUCAUUUCAGUUUUUCGUAGAAUAAGAAUUCAUGCCCUGAUUAUUUUCUCAUCUGUAGUGGGAUUCUCUAACUCAUUUAUUGAGUUACCUAAAAAAAAACAAAUAAA